AUGAACUGCGGACCUCUUUCUUCGCUCGAGUUUUCCAACUUUGGGACUCAAAUGAAACUCAGAUAUAUAUCCCUUCCUCAGCUGGCCCCUAGGACAUUAAAAGAGACAUCCUUUGAAGCUGGAUAUCUCAAAGACAACCUUCCCAUUACUCCAUCAAAGCGCAAGCGAGGAGCAACCGUGCAAGAUAGUUCUGAUGGGAGUCAGAGGGCAAAGAGUUCUGUCUUGUCUGGAGAGACAAGGCAGCAGGAGGGUCCCCAUCGACUAAGUUACGUCAAGUACAAGGAAGGGAUAACCAAGGCAAAAGCACUGGAAUUCGAGACGCUAUCACCAGAUGGGACCGAGACGAGAGGUUCAGAGCGAAGGAAUACAACACGAAAGUCAUCGUUGCACUUGCCUGGAUGCGAAUCGUUAGAUUUGCUGAGGCAGGGGCCCAAGACACCCAUCCCCUAUAUUCCUCAGACCCUUCAGGUUAACGACAGAAUGAUGCCAUGCAAACUUAUCAGUGAUGAGUUUGCAGAGUACUUUGAGGUGAUAAAGGAGGUCUAUAAGGGCCGUAGCAAAACCUAA